AUGUUUUUCGAUCGCCCCACACUCGCGGGUGCUUCACCUUUAGGGCAAAGCUCCCCCGGGGGAGGGGGACGGGGACGUCCCGGAGCCAGGCUGCCACCGGCAAGCAUAACGGCAGCCAGGAAACUGGGGUCACCGUCCUCCACACCCCGGAUACUCGCCCCGGCCAGCCCCCCAGGACCACGGAAAGUGCCGCCGAGAAGCGGGAAGCCUCCGGGGCGGCGCGGCGGCGCUGGAGGCUGCACAACAAGUUUGCGGGGCUGGGGCGCGGCGGGUCCUCCCCUCCCCGAGGGGCAGGCAGGGCGCGGUGGGUCCCGCGGCCGCGCGAUCCCAACUUGGCCUCGGCGGGGACCGCGGAACUUGGCCGCGCCGGCGCCCCCGGCCGGCCGCCCGCCCGCCCGCCGAGCGCCGCCCCGACUUCCCGCCCAGCCGCGGCCGCCGCCCAGCCCGGGUCCGAGCCCCGCCGCCGCCGCCGCCGCGUGCAGUGGGGGAGGGGCCGCGCCACCUCAGCCCGACCGACGGGUGGGGAGAACAAAGCGGCGGCGGCGGCGGCGCGAACUUUUUUCGGUGUCUGCUCCGCGCUCCCUCCGGCGGCGGCGGCGGCUACUUACAGAGGCGGGCCCGGUCGCUGUGGAGAAAGUCCGCGCGCGCCAGCGCCAGCAUCCGCGUCCCCGUCCCGGAGCGGGAGCUCAGCGCGGCUCCACGGACCUCUGCACGGUCCCGUCCGCCCGCCCUCCCGUCCCGUCUCGUCUCCAGGCCGGAGGGCGGGGGGCCGGGGCGCGCGCGGGCGGGCGGGCGGGCGGGGGCGCGCGGGGCCUGCCGGGAGCUGUAGUUUCCCCCGCCGCGCGCCGCGGAGGGUCUGGCGGCCCCGGGGACGGGAGGGGAGGGGAGAGGGCGUCGAGCGCGGAGCCGCCCGGGGUGGGGAGCGUCUCCAGCGUCGCGCCGGGCUCGAACCCCUCUGGGCUAUCCGCUAGGCGGGCGGUGGCGGUCGGUGGCGGUCGGUGGCGGGAGGGGGCGGAGGCUGGAGCCCUCCACCUGCGGCACGGGGGCCGGGGCCGGAGCGGGGCGGGGGGGACGCGCUUGCUCGCGGCGCCCCGAGCUUGCCCUCGUUCGUCUGCGCACCCGCGCCUGUGGCCCGCGCUACCCAAAGUUCCGUCGACGGUCGGGGAACCUCGGCUUCCCCCGGCGCCAAGAGGGACGCUGGGUACGAGCGGACCCGGUGGCAGCCUCGUGAAGAACCAACAACACUAACGGAUGGUCCUGGAUUGCAAGUCAAGUGAGACGCCCGCCCCACCUCCCAGGAUGGAAGUGGAGACCGAACCUACAUGCUGAGACCCACAAGAUGUUUCAGUCGGUCCCGGGAUAUCUUCUCCCAGCCAGAGUCUCAGAAUCUCAUUGGAGCAGCUCGUGUCCAGUUUCGACUCACUCUUGACUUCCAUUCUCUGGUGUGGUCCUUAAAGAAACAGUCACUUUCCACAGGAGUGACUUUCUCCACGACUUAAAUCGGUGCUCUGUGGAGAUUUGAGUGUCUAUGUGAAAAUCUGCACUUCUUUACAUUUAGAUAUUUCAUUGAACGGCCUUCUCUCCAGUCUGCUUUUUAAUUGCUUUCUCUAGUUAAAUCUUUCAACAGGUCAUUUGAGGCUAAGACUGACUUUGCCCCUGAAAAUGUAUCUUUGUGGACAUAAACCACACUUUUCUCACGUUCUCUUCUUGGCCCAAGAGAUGAAGAUUGGUUUUCAAGAGGGAUGUUCAUGACCCUUAAGAGAACAUGGAAUCUGUUAAAAAAAAAAAACUUCUCAUAAAAAAGACAUUUCAUUAAAAAAUGAAAACAGGAGCUUGUAAUCUUUCCCUUAUUGGCUUUAGUUGUAAAUCUUCCUGUUUCCACAUUUAAUGUCCUGUCUUGCCCUUAAUGACAUAAUCAUUUACACAUGUUACCUAAUACUAGCUAAGAGGGUCAAUGUGGUUGUUGCUUGAGGGAGCAGAGCUCCCUGAUUUAGAUUCUUAAAUGCAGAAAAAAAAUGUGAUUUGCUGAGGACCUGCUAGAGGAAGCUGUCAUUAAAAAAAAAACCUUCAACUGGGUUUAAUUUAUGGAACAUGGUUACUGGAAAUGCA